AUGGCUCAGGUUGAAGCGGUCCUCGACCUGGAUUCGGACUCGUCUUCGCAUCGCAUCGCAUCGUCCAGCCCUCUGGCCUUAGGCUCAUCGUCCGCACACCAAGAUGACUACGAUGAGCUGGAUCGCUACAAUAGAGCGCUUCGGCGGCUGUCCGUGAUCUUUGUCGAACAAAAGCAAAGUCUGUGCGAAGCCUCGUUCGCUCUCGUCACGAGCUUCGCAGUACUCGUGCUACUGACAAGUGCCCGCAAUGAAGAUGCCAUCGUGACGCACCUGCCUGGUUUGGACCUCCCAGCGCUGUCGUUCAAGCACUUCAGCGGUCAUUUGGAGCUGCUAAGCAGCGAGAAGCUCUUUUACUGGUACGCCGAGAGUCAGCACGAGCCUGCAGACGCCCCCAUUGUGCUGUGGCUCAAUGGCGGUCCAGGCUGCUCAUCGCUAGGCGGUUUCUUCACGGAGAACGGACCUUUUGUCGUACAGCGCGAUCUGUCCAUUCAGCUGAACCGGUACGCGUGGAAUCGGAAGGUGAACAUGCUGUGGCUCGAGUCUCCAGCUGGCGUAGGCUUUAGCGGUGAGGUGCAGGACCGUAGUUACUACAACGACACAGUCGUUGCUGCCAAGACGCGUGAGUUCCUCAGCCUCUUCUUCAGCAAAUUCAGUGAGCUCCAGAACCGCGACUUCUACAUCACGGGCGAGAGCUACGCUGGCAUGUACAUUUCCUACCUCGUGGACCUGUUGGUAGAGCAACCGCUGCAAGGCGUGAACCUCAAGGGCUUUGCGAUCGGAAACCCGUUCACGGACAAUCUGAUCGACGGCAACGCCUACGUCGACUACUACUACUCGCACGCGCUCAUGUCGCUUGAAGCUUACGAGGAGAUCAAAGUGCACUGUGGGGAAUCGAUCGGCUGCCUCUUUGAUGGUUUGCCUUGUCCGAUUAAGUGUGGAGAGCUCCUACAACGGGCUCAAGCGGAAGCCGAUGCGGAGGCACUGAACCCGUACUUCAUCUACGGCGACAAGUGUCUGCUGGAUUACACGCAGGCAAGGGCGUUACGUAAGCGGGCCACGUCUGUCGUGCAGCUGUCAUCAACGCACCGGGGCGACAUCGGACCUUGUGCAGACUCACUUACCCGCGCGUACCUCAACCAGCCAGAGGUGCAAGAAGCCAUCCAUGCAGCGCGACUGGGUGGCCCGUACAUCGACUGGAAGGACUGCAGCGAUCCAGUUUUCAAUCUCUACCAGUCCAGCUCCUCGUCGUUGCCACAGUACCGCAACAUUCUGACCCACGAUCUUCAAGUGCUCAUCUACAGCGGCGACGCAGAUUCGAUCGUGAACUUCAUCGGUACGGAGCGCUGGAUCGGCGGUCAAGGGCUGAAGUUGCGCAUCAAGUCAGCGUGGCACGCUUGGUUCGGACCGGACAAGCAGUUGGCGGGCUACGAGCAGCAGUACAAAGGGCUGACGUUCAAGACCGUCAAAGGCGCUGGCCACAUGGUGCCAGCCGUGCGUCCGCUGCACGGUCUCUACCUCUUCGAGUGCUUUGUGUUUGGCCAGAGCGCCUGCACUGAGUUCGCGUAUCCCGUCGAUAGCAACGAGGUCGACGCUGGACUGACUGUGGUGCAGCAGCAGCACGUGGACAUGGCAGUGCCUCUCACUGCUAUCACGAGCGUCAACGACGAGUCCAAAACGUCGUCGUCGUCGUUGUCGCUGGAAUGGCUGGCACUGUCAGGUUUCUGCGCAUUGAUCGUAGUCCUGGCAGCUGUCGCUAUCCGCAAUGCCAAGACACAAGGCACCUUUCAGCGUCUGUGUUCGAACGGCUACCAAGCCGUCGAGUAA